AUGCUGUUGCGCUUGGCGGCAGCACCCACCUUCGGGAUCAGCCGAACACUACUAUCGCUGCCCUUGAGCCGCGGCGCCCUCGCCACUCCCAUUAUCCCAGUUGGCUCGCUCCGCCCGGCUUGGCUAGCCUCUUCAGCCCUUGCGAUGCCCACAAGGACUCGCUUCAGCUCGACGGAGGGCAGACCGACCAAUGGUCGCGGCAUCGCGUCCGACACCAAGCCGAUUGCCAAGGCGGCAGCAGCCGAAAUCGUCGCCGGCAUCGCCCCGGGCCAGACAGAUGGCCCCCGAAAACGCGGCCAUAGGCAGCCGCUAGAACCCUUGCCAGUCGAGGCAAUGGACCCCACGCCAGAUGAUUCGGGGUCAACGACGGCCUCGGUCGCCACCAUCAGACCAACCAGAGGGACCCGAUCCCGGGCAGCCAAAGCCAAGGUCGAGUAUACCGAGUCCGAUGCCUCGCUUUCACCGCCCCCGUCGCCGACCGCCCCCGCCUCGCCUCCACGGGCAAAGGUGGCCAGGCGAACGACGGGCAGGUCCAAGACCAAGUCGAAGGCCGAAAAGGAGGGCGACGACGAACCGCACUCGGCCUCUGAGCCGACCGUCGGAACCGCUGCCGAGGAUGCCAACGGAGCAUCUCCGACGAAGCGGAAGCGCGCGCCCGGCGCAUCCGCCAAGGCCGCCAAGCCCAAAGCGGCCGAGCGCGAGACCCACAUCGAGACACAUACAAACGUCCACGGCGAGCAGGUCGAGGUCGAAGUCGACGAGGAGGGCGACCCGGUCCGGCGCAACAAAAACGGCAAGCUGCUGCCCAAGCGAAAGAAGAAGGAAGUCGUCUACGAAAUCCCCGAGGUCCAGCACCGAGACUUUCGCCUCGAGGGGCCGCCCGACAAGAGAGAGGAGCGCAAGGACGGCUUCCGCGGCGAGCUGGGCUACGCCUGCCUCAACACGGUGCUCCGCUGGCAGGACCCGCCCGUCUUCUCCAGCCGCACCGCGCGGAUCAAGACCAUGGACGAGCAGGGUCCCGAGUACAUCAAGGAGCUCGGCCGCCUCAAUGCGCGCGACAUGAUCCCCAUGAUCCUCUGGAACGAGGCCAACGGCAUCCGCUUCAUGCGCCUCUCGUCCGAGGUGUUUCCCUUUGCCUCGCACGCAAAGUACGGCUACUCGCUCAAGUACGCCGAACGGGAGCUGCGCAACGCCGGCGACCUGGCCAGGAAGCUCGGCCACAGGCUCACCAUGCACCCGGGCCAGUUCACCCAGCUCGGCAGCCCGAGGCCCGAGGUGAUCGAGGCCGCCAUCCGCGACCUCAACAGCCACUGCGAGAUGCUCGACCUGAUGGGCAUGGACCAGGACAGCGUCAUGAUCAUCCACGGCGGCGGCGUCUUUGGCGACCGCCAGGCGACGCUGGCGCGCAUCAAGGAGACCUACACGACCCGGCUGUCGGACAACGUGAAAGCCCGCCUGGUGCUCGAGAACGACGAGAUGGCCUACAGCGCCGACGAGCUGCUGCCGCUCUGCAAGGAGCUCAGCAUCCCGCUCGUCUUUGACUUCCACCACGACCUGCUCCGUCCCUCGGCCCGCCCGCCGUCGGAGCUGCUGCCCGAGAUCCAGGAAAUCUGGCGCAAGCGCGGCAUCCGGCCCAAGUACCACCUCUCCGAGCCUCGGCCGGGCGCAUCGAACCUGCGCGAGCGGAGGGCGCACUCGGACCGGUGCGGCGAGCUGCCUCCGGAUCUGCCCGCCGAUGCCCACUUGAUGAUCGAGGCCAAGGACAAGGAGCAGGCGGUGCUCGAGCUGCAUCGCAUCUACAACAUCCGUCCCGUCGUCCACGAGAGCCUGCGACCGCCGCACGAGGACAUCGGCGUCAAAACGUCUGGGCGCAAGGGCAAGCUCGGCGGCGAGCAUCUGCCCCGCAAGCCGCGGGGGCGUGCAAAGGCCAAGGCGACGAGCGACGAGGAUGGCGCAGAGGACUCCGAGGCCUUGACCGCGGAGGGCGACGAUGCCGCGGAUCCGGACGCAGACUACGCCCCUGCCAAAGGGACCCGGUCGCCGUCGAAGGCGGCCGCCAAGGCGGAUACCAAGGCCUCCAACAAGGCCAAGAUCCUCGCCGCCAUCAACAAAGCCAAGGAGGUGGCCGCACGUACCGGCCGCGAGUACAAGGGCCCGUCCGGCGAGGCGUACGAGGAGAGCGACGCCAAGCCCGAGGACGAAGUGGUCAAGAGCAGUCAAGAGGUGCUCGAGGACAUGAAGGUCGAGGCCGAGUGGGUUCGUGCCGAGCUUCGAGCCGGUCGACAGCGUCGGGUCUACCUGACCGAGGAGACGUUCGACGAAGACGUCGACGAUGCCGAUCAGUCGACGCUCGCCAGCGGCGACGACGGGCAGCUGUCGAUCGCGGCAAGCAGCCCGAAAAAGGCGUCGCCCACUGGGAAGAGGACCGGUGGAGCUAAGCGGAAGCGUGGCAAAGUCGACGCCGGCGGCUUGAGCGUCAUCGACGACGGAGCCAGCGCAGGAGGACCGCCGGAUGUGGCAGCGGACGGCGAGACGGCGGUGCUGCAGCAGGGAGCCCCGCCCGAGGAGUUGCAGGCCGACCACGAGGAGAUCCCUCUUGUCGGUGAGAAGCUUAAGCGGGGCAGAAGGGCUCGGGCGGGCUGA